AUGGUCUAUCCAGCAUCAGUCUUCAUCACAGGAGCGAACAGGGGUAUCGGGUUUGCUCUAGUGCAAGCAUUUCUCAAAAUCACUGUAGUGCAACAUGUCUUCGCUGGCGUAAGGAAUCCCGAUGGUGCUAAGGACUUGAAGGCCAUCAGUGACGAUCGACUAAAAAUCGUAAGAAUUGACCUUGAAAAUGACCAGCUAAUCAAGAAUGCUUACGCUCAGGUGGAGAACGUUGUAGGAGAUCGUGGAUUGAAUCUCCUAGUAAAUAAUGCAGGUGUUAUGUCGUCGUACUCUACCAAUGGACCAAUUUCCAGGCGAACAUUGGCAAAAUGCAUCAAUGUAAACACGCUGGGUACGACCAUUGUAAGUCAGACUUUCCUACCUCUUCUGAAAAAAGCUUCUGCCCGAGUUUCCAAUAAUCAUCAGGGUAUCGAUCGAGCUGCAAUCAUAAAUAUAUCUAGUGGCUCCGGCUCCAUCAGCCACAACUACUACGGGUCAGGUUCUAUAGGUGCUCUUGCCUACAAAAUUAGUAAGGCGGGUGUCAAUCAGCUCGGCAAAACGAUGGCUGUUGAUUUGGCCGGUGAUAGAAUAAUUGUGACGCAGUUCCAUCCGGGUUGGGUACAGACUGACAUGGGUGGACGAAAUGCUGCUAUCACUCCAACUGAGUCUGCUACUUCAUUGGUCGACUCAAUGUCAAAGCUGCAAAAACAACACAGUGGCGGAUUUUACGAUCGUCAUCUCAACGCCGUUCCUUACUAAUUUGGAGGUUUUUACUGCAAAAUUUUUGCACUCCUCCAUAUCAGUGUCUCUAAUUUUACACUUUCAUAGUAAAACAUUGAAUAGUUCACAUCUUGCAUCACCUGGCUAUGAAGCAUCACAUUGAGGCCUAAUUUGUGGUCCUGAAAAACGUUUCAAAUCUUUUCUUUCUUGGUCCGGUUCCCAUAAUGAAGUGUAAGAGCUGUAAAAAAACUUCUUAACGCUCUGCACGUCGUUUUGGCACACUUUAUGGUAAAUUCCCCUCUCGAACAAUAUCUCCCUGAUUGAGUUACCUAACAGGCUUCAAAAAACGCAAAAAUUUUCGAUGAACCCAAAGUUAGUCUUUGAAAUUUUUACGUUCUCAAACAAGGCUAAAUCGACUUAUCUCCUUCCCCCCCCCUCUCCCUCCAUCGCUUAUGACAAAAGUGUGGAGUCUGUAUCGAAGCCCAAUUUUUUCAAACAAC